AGUUUAGGCAGCGGCCACCAGGAUUAUAUUUACAGGCGCCAUAUUGAUUUUUAUAAUGUUUGGAUAGGUGUGGUUUGGGAUGGAGGUUGUUCAGAGAAAAUUAGGAAAAUGGAAUGACUUUUAAAGUCAAAACACCCUAUCCAACCCUUCCAUAUGAUGCUUUGGAGUGACCCUGUCAAUGGAGAUGGAGCGAGUAUGACGUAAGACAUUCAUGAAGAAGCCACCAGACUGAGAGCGUGAGGAGGGCCCAGCCUCGGGAGUUUUGUGUUGUGGGUGGUUGAGGGCGGGAUAUGAGCACUUGGACUGAGAGAAUGCAACGACGAGCUGCCACCCUAGGCAAUGUGGUCACCUCCUGUGGCCAUCCUAAUGUCCCCUACCCUCGCAGGCUUGAGAAGGAGGCAGGGCUCAAUAGACCUGAAGCUUUAGUAGCCUUCAUCAACCUCAAACAUGCCUAGAUUCGACCCCUGCAGUCACAUGCAGGAAGUCAUAUGACCAUAAUUAUGAAGUGAGUGAUAACAUGGCAGUCAGGGAACAUUGCUAAAGCAUGAGACCCAGGAAUAUGGCUAAGAGAAUAAAUAAGCGACCAUAUGUGGCAGUCAAUUCACCAUGGAUAAAACGGUGAAAUACACAGAAGUCGUUUGAGCACGUUGAUUUUUCACAAGAGGAAUUCAAAAGCAAGAGAGGUGUGCGCCUGUGUGCCGUUCCUGGAUGAAGAUGAUGCUGCAGCGAGUGGGAGGGGGAGGGGACCUGUGGUGUCCCCCCACACACCCACCCAUACCAUGCUCACCAUGCAUUCACCCCUACCCCCCAUAUUGGACAAUUGGCAGGGUAAAGUUUGGUGUAUCGCUGGAACAGGUAUGCAAGAAUGACAUCCCUGGGCCUUUGUUGGUGCUCAUCCUCAAGCUAAACAAAGAAGGACCCACCAAGAAGGACGUCUUUCGUGCCCCAGGUCAUCAGGGAUCCAUGAAAAAAUUGAUACACUUCUUGCAGAAUGGACGUCUUGUUAACAUAGACAACUUCUCAGUGUACACAAUUGCGUCUGUUUUGAAGAAGUUUCUUAGAAAAUUACCAGAGGGCAUCUUUGGACGUGAAGGUGAGCAAGAGCUGUUUUCCAUCAUUCAGCUAUCAGACACAGAGCAGCAGCGCGACCACAUCCAUCGCCUCAUUACAUCCAUGCCAGCUGUCACGCAGCACCUACUUGUUCUGCUCUUUGGCACCUUCAGAGUGAUAGCCAUGAAUGCAGGUAGAGCGCAGACAGGGAUGACUUCAGAGGCCUUAGGUGUGUCGGUUGCACCCUCCUUUUUCCAGUCAUGCGUGGCAGAUGGCAAAACAGCGCGCAUGGAAGAUGUUAUCCGCUUCAAGGCAGAGGUUGAUGUGGCAACCCAGAUUAUGCAGUUCCUCAUCGACAACUUUGGCGUGAGCAACCUGUUUGGCCGGGCAAACUAUGAGUACUAUGCUCGGAUCACAGGCCGUAUUCUGAAAGUAGAGGAGGAUUGGAUAUUUGCAUUCAGAUAUCCACCAGACAGCUUAGUUGCACCUAUGGCUUGUCAGGAAGAAUCACAGUCCACCCCAGCAUUGAUUCACAUUCCUGAGAGCAGCAGUGGUUAUGACCUUCGUGGGAGGAGGUGGCAGUGAAAUGGGGGCUGUGGGGCGGGGCAGGAGGGCCAGGUUCUGGAGUACCAGAAAACAAUUUACGUGAAUCUUGCACUCGCCUUUCUAUUU